AUGACCGCCGUCGCCGUCUCCUCCUACACGCCACCCGCUGCCACCUCGCGGCCGCGCAUAUCCUCCCCGCUCGCUGCGUCCACACAUGCCCACCCGAACGCUCUACGCACGCACUCCUUCCCCACGUCGCGUCCGCUCCGGCCGUUUCCCUCGCUUGCCGUCUCGCCGACCUCGGCCCAGCGGAAACCGGUUAAAAUCAUCGAGCCCCCGGCCAACUUCAAGUCCGCCUUCGUCCUCAACCUCACUCAGGCCGAGCUCAGCCGGCAGGAGUGA